GUUUACCAUUCUCUCUCAUCUUCUAAUGCUGAGCUCGAAAACUUCUUUUUCAUUCAAGCUAUUUUCCCUCUCCCGAAAAUCAAAAACCCUAAAUUUCUGAGCCAUUGAUAAUCAAUAAUCUUCCAUAGUCAAAUCCAAAAUUUAUUGCAGACAUUCAAUUCCAUUCAUAUUAUAUCUAAUGAAAAUUUUACAUCCAAAUUUUUGAAAAAUCAUGAUUGUAAGAACAUACGGUAGAAGAAAGAUCGGAAGAACAUUUUCAGACACAUAUUCAAAUAACGAGGAACAAGAAGAAGAAUUGUUGAUGGCGGAAGAAGAAGAUCCUUUUGAUUUCAGUGAACCUACAAAUUCAACAGCUUCAACUUCAUAUUCUCUUUCUCAAUUUGAAGAAAAUCGAGAUAUUGGAGACUUUACUUUCUCAUCUCAAGAUUCAACUCGCUGGGUUAGCUCAGAAGCUAAAAAAUCCUACGCUAAUGAUAAUUCUUCUCCGUCGUCAUUGUCGUUGCAGUUGUUGGCUCCGAAGAAGAAAGUUAGGAGGAUGAAUGAUGGAAAGAGAGAGAAGGAGAGUUUUCGGGCGGUGGUGACGACAUCUUUGAUGGAAACGCAAGAAAAUGGAGAAAUGAUGGAGUGUAUUGAUGAGGUUGAAUUUGCUCUUGAUGGAUUGAGAGGUGGGAAAGGAAUCAGGGUUAGAAGGUCUAGUUUAUUGAGUUUGUUGAAUGUUUGUGGAAUUCCUCAACAACGUCGUCUGCUUAAAGCUCAGGGCAUGGCAAAGGUGAUUAUUGAUGCCAUUUCUGAUAUGGGCCUUGAUGAUUCACCGAGCAAUUUGGCUGCUGCCACUCUUUUUUAUGUUUUGACUAAUGAUUGUCAGAACAAUUACGUUUUGGAUUCAUUUUCAUCCAUCCGGUUUCUGCUAAAGCUGUUGAAACCAGUAGUUGCUGACAGUGCUCCAGACAAAGCACCUAGCAUCAGCCAGAGACUUCUUGCUCUUCGGAAGGAUAUGUUUCUGUCACAGGAUAUGACAAAGAGGGUAGAUUCAAGCUCCACUACUAUACUUCAAAAGGUUCUUGAAAUUCUUAUUAGUUGCAAGGAUUUAAAGGCUUGCAAUGUAGAGAAUGAUGACAUAUCAAGGCCAGAGUUGAGCGCAAAUUGGGUAUCUUUGUUGACUAUGGAAAAGGCUUGCUUAUCUGCAGUUGCUGUUGAAGAUGCCUCUUGCACAGUAAGGAGAACUGGUGGCAACUUUAAGGAAAAGCUACGAGAAUUUGGGGGACUUGAUGCUGUUUUUGAGCUUGCUAUAAAUUUUCAUUCCACAUUGGAGGGUUCGGUUGAGCUCUUUAAAUCUUCUUCAAGUAAGUCGAACGAUGGCAGGCUACAAUGCCUUCCAAUGCUUUUGAAGUGCUUAAAAAUUAUGGAGAAUGCAACUUUCUUAAGCAAGGAAAAUCAGAAUCAUUUGCUUGGACUGAAAGGAAACCUGGCUGCUGGUCAAGCUUCUUCGUUAUCCUUUGUGAAACUCAUGUUCAGUUUUAUCAAGAUUCUCUCAGAACUUUCACUACUGAGAAGUUCCUCCGUAAAUUCUAGUCCUGAAAUGCCGGCAAAAUUUUUAAAUGGGACCAGUUGCUAUGCUGCAUCAUUUUUAAAUGCAGGACAAAAAGUGCACAGCAGUGGGGUUUCAUCCUUGCGUUCUUCUCAAGAGUGUAGUAGCUCGGGAAGAUUCUUAUCGGAUUCAGAUUUGUGUAAAUCCCAGAGAAGCCAGCGGUUUUCUAGCUCCCAUUCUGGGUCAUUACCAUCACAUUCUAGUGCUACGACACCUUUUGGAGUGGGAGUUUGUUUGUUAGAGAAAGCAGCCAGUUCCGUUGGAUCUAAUUCGUCCAGUGUUGCUUCUAAAAAUCCAAACAAAGGAUCAUCUGCAAAUGGUGAUAGCUCAAAAAUGAUGCUGCCUCUUGCCAAGAACCCAUAUGAUAAUGAUGACAACAUGCUUAUAGAUCUAGAUGACAGUCAGGAUCCGUUUGCAUUUGAUGAAGAUGAUUAUGCAUCUUCUAAAUGGGAAUCGCAUCCUGCAAGAGAUCGAGGACGGCGUAAACCAAAAAAAAGGCCAGGAUUUAGAGAUAUUGUGGAUGAAUGUUUAUUGCUGCCUAUGUUGAGCCCGGAAGAUUCUGCAUCUCAGCCAAUGUUAAGCCAGGAUGAUUUUGGUAGUGAGGAACAUAUUGAUGGGAAUCCUAUUUCAAGUGAUAUCUCAUGUACAACUGCUAUUGAUGCAGAAAAUUCAAACCUUGUUGCUGAAUGCUUGUUGACUACCAUCAAGGUGCUCAUGAACCUGACAAAUGAUAAUAAUGUUGGCUGCCAGCUAAUUGCUUCUUGUGGUGGGCUGGAAAUGCUCUCUUGUUUGAUAGCAAGGCACUUUCCUUCAUUCGGUCGUUUAACGUCUGAUGAAAAAAAGGGGAAUACUUUGUUCAAUGGUGCAGCCUUGGGACUUGAAAUUCAAACAGAUAUACAUCUCAAUGAGCAAGAGUUGGACUUCCUUGUUACAAUUCUAGGCUUGCUAGUUAAUCUGGUGGAGAACGAUGCUGAUAACAGAUCACGGCUUGCAGCUGCUAAGGUUCUGUUAUAUAGCCCAGGUCAGUUGCAUGAAAAUCAUACUGGUGUGAUACCACUACUGUGCUCCAUCUUUUUAGCUAACAGAGGAGCCAGUGAGGCUGCAGAAGAAGAACUUCAGUCUUUGGAUAAUGACGAAGUGGUCUUGCAAGGGGAGAAAGAAGCCGAGAAAAUGAUUGUAGAAGCAUAUGCUGCUCUGCUACUGGCAUUUCUCUCCACUGAGAGCAAAAGUGUACGCUGUGCUAUUGGAAAUAUGCUCCCUGAUCGCAACUUGAGAGUUCUUGUCCCUGUACUGGAAAGAUUUGUGACGUUUCAUCUUAAGUUGAACAUGAUCUCACCAGAGACGCACAAAACCGUUAGUGAAGUAAUAGAAUCAUGUAGAAUUCCUUGAAGGAGCAAAAGAGCAGAGGGAUGUGUACAGGUUUGCCUGCUUAUAUUGGUUGAUUAUGUCUUAAACUUCCGGUUGAAGAGUUGAAGAUCAAUGCUAUACCAAAAUACUCCCUUAGUAAUAACAAUGUGGGGGUGUUUGAUUCUCAACCGAGGUUGAGAAUUAUAGUUGGCUGUUUAGUUGAUAAGCUGCGCCUUUUUUAUACGAUCUGUAUUUUUUAUGAUCUUUGCAAUUCUUUGCCCUACUCAUAGUAUUAGCUGAUAGUGUGUAUACGGAGGUGACAGAUGGCGGAUGCCAGUUAUUAAAGUUGUAAUGUGUAGUAUUUCUUCUUGUGUAUUGCUCCCGUUAUAUAACAAGUCAUAAUUAGGGUUUCAACUUGUUACUUCACAUACUUAUUCUUAGUAAUUAUAGCUUGUAAAUGAAUCAUUGCAUGGUAUUUGGUAACAAGUCCUGUCAAUUUUACCAUAUUCAAUCCCAUUGAGGACUUCUAAAGUUGUAGAAUCGUAAAUAAUCUAUUUGUUAUCACUGAUAAAAGUAACGUGUUGUGAGCUCCACAUUAGUUAAAUGUGAUUUCGUCCAUAUACAAGAUGUAUUUUUGAGGACUUGCUCGUAAUCGAUGCUACACGCAAUCAACUUGUUCCAUACAUAAUUCAAAUAGGCACUUGAGUUGUUUGUUGGACUUUCAUAUAAAAUCCUUUUUAUUGAAUCUUUUAUAUAUUAGUUUACUCCCACGUAAAAAAAGGGAAUAAGAAAUUCUUUAUCUUAGAAAGAAAAUUCACUUUAUCGCUGAAAAAUAGGAUGUAUCAUAUAUUUUAUUCA